CAGCCCAAGCCAUAGCAGAAGAAAGAAGAAGCCAAAGUGGUGUUAGCCCUAUUGCAGUCCAGACCUCAAUAAAUAUAAAGACAGCAACUAAACCAGUGAUAGAUGGUUCCACUUUGAGAACAGAAGAAAGACAAAGACUGGCCAGGGAGCGUAGAGAAGAGCGGGAAAAGCAACAUGCUGCCAAAGAGACACAAAUCCUUGAAAAGGAGAGAAAAGCAAAACUCCAGUAUGAAAAACAGUUAGAAGAAAGGCAGAGAAAGCUAAAAGAACAGAAGCAGAAAGAGGAACAACGGAGGGCAGCAGUAGAAGAAAAGAGAAAACAAAAAAUAGAAGAGGAAAAGGAGCGAUAUGAAGCAGUUAUGCAUCGUACCUUGGAACGGAAUCAGCGACUGGAAACACGACAGAAGAGAUGGUCAUGGGGAGGGUCUGUAACUCCAGAUUCAGAGAGCAAAACUGAACAACAGACCACAGAUGAAGGUGGAACUGGUGCCAGCAAGCGGUCCACCUCCACAGCAAACCUCAAACAGACAGAAGCUGCCAUGAAUAAACGGUUAUCAUCGUCUGCAGCACUUUUAAACGCUUCUGAUCGAAGUACCACAAAGAGAAGUGCCUCAUUAAACAGACUGAAUAACAAAGUUCCUCUACAUUCUCAGCAGUCAGCACUCAAAGGUUCACAGGUGGAACAGAAAGGAGGAACAGAAAAGAAGAGGAGCACAUCUUUGAAUAGAAUGAGUAGUAAACCCCAAUCCUCUCCAGAACUAGAAAAAGUGAAAAAGGAAGAAAAAACAGCUCGUCGCUCCCAGCUCAGUCCUCUGGACAGUAGCGUAAUCAGUCGCCUCCUCGCCCCCACACAGGCCUCAUUAGCUAGGAGUAAAAGUGCUGCUACAUUAUCGGCUGAUGGACAAGAUCCCUCAGAAUCUCACCUCUGUCCUCGUUCAGCUUCAGCCAGUUCCAUCAAUUCCCCAGUCCCAACUCCUAAAGUGCCCGUGCGCAGUCGUAGCAUCGACAGAUUGAAGUCCUCUGUAUCUUCAUCUGAUGCAAGUUCACCAGAUUCAACCCAGAAAUCGGAGACAGAAAAACCAUCCCCAGGUUCUGGUUUAAGACGCCCUCCCUCGCCAUCUGUGUCUGCUCGUAGAAGAUCCCCCUCUCCUGCUAAUUUGGUGAAGCGUCCUCCAUCACCUUCUACAGUUAGACAAAAGACUCGCCCACCUUCGCCUAGCGUGUCAAAACAAAGGCCGCCAUCUCCUACUCCAGUCUCUAAACCGGCACCCAUCCAACGUCCACCUCUCACGCCAGGUGUUAUAAACAUUACCAAAAAGAAAACUGAAGCAGAGAGCAAACCAAAGGAUAAGAGCACAGAAGGAACAGGACAAGAGCAAGGUGCUUCACCAGCCUUGGACAGGGAUGCGGUAGCAGCUAGCACAAAGACCAAAGAAGAAUCAGGUAGCAAAACAGUAGCAGGGACCACCACAGCUGAAGAAGCUGCUAAAAUCUUGGCAGAGAAACGACGUCUAGCACGGGAGCAAAGAGAGCGUGAAGACCAAGAAAGAAUUCAGAGACAGGAAGAGGAAAGAAUCAGAGAAGAAGAAAUGGCAAAAAGAGCAACUGAGGAAAAAGCACGACGGGAGGAGGAGCUCCGCAAGCAGGAGGAAGAAAAGAGACUGGUUUAUGAAGAACAACAAAGACAAGCUGAAGAGGAGAGGAUUCGUCGAGAACAGGAAGAGCAGGAAAAACUUGCAGAGCUUCAGCACCAGAGAGAAGAAGCUGAAGCAAAAGCUCAAGAAGAGGCUGAAAGACAGCGGCUGGAAAGAGAGAGAAUUAUGCAGCAAAAUAUGCAGGAAAGGCUUGAAAGAAAAAAGAGAAUCGAAGAAAUAAUGAAAAGAACACGAAAAUCAGAUCAAAACGAAUCCAAGUUGCAGAAUGAAGGGAAGUCUGUCUCUGAGGCUAUGGAGGGAGAGGAUAUUGAAGAGGAGGAAGAGUUGGGUCUUGAGAAGACUGAUCAACCAGGAAAGCUAAAUGGCAUUGACGUGGCCCAGGAAGUCAAGGGGGAGGCAGAGGGUUGUUUAGAGACUGCGCAUAGUUUGAUCUCUACAGAAUCUGAGGAACAAGAUGUGUCAGAGUUGAAGGCCAGUGAAGUGUUUAUGAAUGGAGACGAUUUGAAAAGCGAUGAGGGGUCUCUACUUGUUACUGAAUUAAAGGAUUGCAGCCAACCUGCAAAAGAAACGGUUAUCGAUGAGUCAGUGAAGUUGGUUGUUAACGAAGCUGAUCAUACAAUUGGACUUACUCAGAAUCUUAACGGAAAAUCUGGUUCAUGGACUUUUGAGGAGUUUAUUGACGUUGGAGUACAUUCCAAGUCAACCAAACUGAGCUCGGACAGCAUCUCUGCCGGUAACUGUAAUCAAAACUUGAAUGACGCUGCUAUAAUACCUUCUAGUCCCAAAUUGGCUUUUGAGGAAGACGGUGCAGUGAAUUCAUUGACCAAACCUAUAGAUGCUUCAUCAGAACUGUGAACACUAGAGACCUGGAAAUAAUGUGAUUGCACUUCAGUAAUCCAGUGUUUUAUCAAGUACCGAAGGCCUUGUUUUGAAAAGCUGCUUGUUUAACUUUAUCCAUCUUCAAGUUUGCAAAAAAACAAAAAACACCAGGGAGGGAUGGCAGACUUCUAGAUUUGCACCUUGAAACAUUUCAGGGAAACUAUUGUGCUGAUGUUCCUUUUCCAUUCGUUUAGCUAAUUGUUAGAUAAGAUUUCCUUGUUUAAAUAUCACUUGUUUCCCUUUUACAGACUUUACAGUAACCUGUUUGAGUCUUUUUAUUUUCAUAUCAGUAUCAUGUACAGCAACGUGCCACUGGAGGCUCCCCAGUUAGCUACUGGCCAGAUUUUGCAUAUUCCUAAAAUGGCACUUGAUGAAAUAAGACUCAUUCAGUGUGUGUUAAAGCUGAACUCCUUUUGUAAUGUUCUAGAAAAAACGCUGUUACUUGUUGGUUCACAUGCUAUUUAAAAAUGCAGAAUUGAAUAUCUUCAAUUUUGAAUGGAGAAGAAGAAAUUCUUAUUUUCUAACGUGAAAAUAUUGGCAGUUUCAAAAUGCAGUAGUGUACUAUGGCUAAUAUGUUUUAAUCUGUUGGAAAACAUCACAACAUUUUACAGCAUAUGCACUAAUAUGUUACAAAAAUGUUGAGUACCUAGAUAUGUCUGUCGUAGAGCAGUUUAACAUGUCAUGCUUUUAAAAAUGUGUUCCUUUUGAAUUACUUAUUUAAGUUUAUCUACACUCAUGGAAGUAUUAUUUUAUUGUGUACAUAACAGUAUUAGACCACUGAAGUCAUGUGUUGUUCAUGUUAAUUAUUCUAAGUAAGUGUUCCUGUUCUAGCUUUAUAACAGUGGCUGCAAGCUGCAUAUAUAUUUCCCUUCCCCUAAAGCCUGCAUUAAGUAAUCUAUUUAACCUACACUUGCCUGCUUUUUACAGCAUGAAGAGAUUAACUAAGCAUCUUCUGAAAAUUGCUACUAAAAGUAAUAAUGCAGUCUUGUUCUUAUGUCUCC